UCGGGCCUGCAAGCUAACUACGUUUAAAGCUACUCUUCCAAUGUGUCGCUCACCGGGAUUGUUUGCUGUGUGCCUGUCAGUGGCAAAAAACAAAAAACUGGAGGUAGACGCUUGCGGAGUGGGAGUUGGUCAGGUGCACUGAGACAGGAUGUGGACAAGUGAGAUGGUGACAACAUAAAACCAUGGAUGUUUUGCUGUGAUCAGCAUGGCAGCUCCAUUCCCCUCCAGUAGCAGCAUGGAUUCAUGGCCACAGAGGCGUGGCCUCCAGACUAUGAACCUGCGGUCAGUAUUCACAGUGGAACAGCAGAUGAUCCUGGAGCGUUACUAUGAUAAUGGGAUGACCAAUCAGAGCAAGGCUUGCUUCCAGUUAAUACUGCAAUGUGCUCAGGAGGCCAAACUUGACUUCAGCGUUGUGCGGACAUGGGUCGGUAACAAAAGACGGAAACUUGCCUCUAAGGGAGAUCAGAAUGGAGGCAUGUCUCAUCCCUUACCUAGUCAUGGACUUGCUGGGGAACUGUUGUCCAAUCACACACUAGCUGGAGGAGCUUUGUCCAAUCAUGGGCUGUCUGUAGCAGCAUUGCUCCCAGCUGAAAUCACUGCUGUGCGGAAUAUCCAUACUCGUGCACACCUUCUCCCUACAUCAACCUCCUUCCCCUCUUUCUCGUCAUCAUCUUCCUCUGCUUCUUCUCCCUCGCCUCUUAGGAGUGGGAACAACAACAACAAUAAUAACGACGUUAUACACACAAGUAUCUACUCCAACCCUCGCCUAGAGCCAAAACCCACAGGGCCCCUAAGGUCAGAAUCUGAUCUCUCAGCACUCCCUCCCUGCUCCUUAAUCAGCCAAGCUGUGCAGCGCAGAACCAACUCUAGAUCCUCGUCUCUUCACUCCAAGCUUGUGUCACUGUCUCAGAACCUGCCUUCCCUCACAUCUGCCUCUGCAUCUCUGGUCUACACUGCUGGAAGGGACAUGAAGACAAGCUUGUCCCUCAAGGAUGUAGGCUUGCCCGGAGGGGUACGAGGCCUACCUCCCAGCUGGACUCGACCAUUUGGUACUGCACAGACUCAGCCAUGGUCAGCUUGCCCUCAGUCCCAGGCUCAACUUCAGCCCAGAGCUGAGACCAAUCCACAACAACCACCCGCUGCUCCACACAAGACCCGACUGUCCCUCCCACUCCAAAACUUGAAUCCUACCUCAGAGCAGAAAUCCUGCAUCCAGCAGGUGUUCACCUUAGUAGAAAGAGGUGAAGGCAGCAGAAUUAAACCUGGACUAGGUUCUACUCUAAAAGGCCCUGAGAUGCAGAGGCCAGUUUCACGCACUUUGGAUACCAGUCAUAACUUUUCCAUUGCAAUGGAAACCGCAGAUGAAGAAGAUGAGUGGCAAAGGGAAGAAGAACUGGCAAAUAUGGCUGCUCAGAAUAACAUGCAUCAGGAGCAGACGUCGUCUCUGGUAAUAGGUAGCCACUCAAUGAGCACGACCUGCUCCCAAAAUCUGCUGCUUGAUAGCAACUUAACUCAUCAGGGCAGCUCCUCUUUCACACAAACCUCACUUUCUGGGGAAGCCAGCUCACAGACUCCAGUCAGUGCUGCCACUUGGGUUAUCAGCAACUCCAGAAAAAGAACAUUGCAGGAUCGAACCCAGUUCAGUGACGAGGAUAUCAUUCAACUAAAGCGCUACUGGGACAGGGGCAUGACCAGUCUGGGCUCAGUCUGCAGGGAAAAGAUCACUGCUGCAGCAAACCAGCUCAAUGUAGACACUGAAAUAGUUAAGACAUGGAUCAGCAACAGACGAAGAAAGUACCGUCUCAUGAGUAUUGAAAUACCCCCGCCUCAAGGUGGGCCUGCUGUAUUCACAAACACAAGCUCACCCAGAGGUGAAUCUCCGGUGGCGUUUAGCCCUGAAGAUCGUCUCAGAACACCCGAACUCAGAGAUGACUUAAAUGAUGGGGUAUCUCUCUGCCUCUCAGAAGAUAGCACCAUUGACUCACACCAUAGAGAUGAAAAUGGAACAGAUGUGACUGGUGCUGCACCACUGGCUAAUAAUGUGAAGAUUGAAGUAAUUGAUGGGGAUGAAGAGGAAGAUGACAAUGAGGGUGAAAUAGUGCCCUUAGAUCUAGAACAGAUGCAAAGCCUGCUUGAAUUCAAGCAUGAGGAAGUGCAGUUCUUGGAAAAUGAGCUAGAGAACCAAAAACAAAAAUAUCUGGACCUUGCAAGCUUUACAAAGAGGCUGCUUAGCGCUGUUAGGAAUAAAGAUGUGGAGAAACAGCAGGAACUCAUUGCCAGUCUACCUCAGCCUUCGGACCAGGUGUGGGACAUGACAAAGGACAGAGGAACUCUGCCUGAUGUUGUGUCUGAAGACAAGUCCUCCAACUACCACAUUACCAUGACAACAAGCAGUGUUGAGCAUAUGCAGGAGCUAGCAAACGAUGGUUCCCCACUGAUGAACAUUAAAGAAGACAGUUGCAUUAAAGUUAUUGGGCCCUCUGCAUCAGAGGAGCAAAUGCAAGGAGUGCAAGAACAUGAGUGACUAUUUUACAUAUACCAACUUCUGCACAAACAAAUGUUUCCAGAUGCUUCACAGAAACUUAUUUUAAACAGCAGUCACUAGCAUUACAAACACAUGCUCUAUGCCCAGUGCCUGUGGAUUGAAGCUUCACUAUGGCUAUUUGGCUCACCCAAUUCAUUUUUAUUGCAUUUGAUUCGCCUUGCUCUGGUCAGGUUUUGAGAAAAGAAUAAAUAACUACCAACUGA